CAGUCAAUAAUCCACUGCCCAGUCAAUAAUCCCUCCAUCCCUCGAAACAUAAGAAAUCCCCCCUAACAACAACUUCUGCCGCCACCAUCACCAACCACACUUCUUCAACAAGUCGACUCUCAGAAAUAGUCGACAGUUAAAUCAACUACAAUUUAAUCGCCGUCAAAUAUCGACCCCGCCUAACCCAUUGGCAAGAAGGGUGGACCGCCUUACCACAUCGACUCAUAGUGCCCGCAUUUCGCCCCGGCCGGCUACGGAGACAAAGAGCCUUCAUCGAUACUAAGACCACACAUUUCCAGCGUCAUCUCGACUUUUCUCACCCCACAACAAAAUAACCGCGAAGACAACAGACUUGGAACCCGCGCAAUACACAGAAACAUCACAAACACCUCGAUCCCCUCUGCGGACAAACACCCGACAACCGGAGUCACCUCCGAUCAACCCCUCCAUCAUGGCGACCAACCCAUACCACGACGGCCAGCGGGGUCCAAACGUGGCCGAGUUCAUCGCGAACCUGAACGCCAUCCCCUCGGCGCAGGACCUGGCUGCGCAGCGGCAGCAGGUCUUCAACUUCGAUGACGACCUGGCCAUGUUCACCAACGCCACCUUCUUCGACUUCGAUAUCGGCCAGGACGCCGACCUGCAGCCCGCCGCCCUCGAGUUCGACGGACAGGAGUGCGGCGACGCGCAGCUGCAGAGCACACAAGACAUGGCAAAGGCGAACAUGGACUUUCUACAGGGCGACUUCGCGUUCCCGGACUUCAGCUCCUUCUCGCAGCAGCACCAGCACCCCAACGACGGCUACGCCGUGAACGGGGCCCAGCACGGCAACGGCAACGACCCGCAGCAGCACCAGCAGCUGUACCCGACCUCGGGCAACUCCAGCUCGUCACCGCCCUCGGGCCUCACCAGCCCGCAGAACGGGGUGAAGCGCAAGGCCUCCGACGCCCUCCUUGACGGCAAUGGCGCCUACAGCGCGGGCUUUGAGGACUCGUCCCGCGUCGCGGCCGAGGAGGACAAGCGCAGGCGCAACACGGCUGCCAGCGCGCGCUUCCGCGUCAAGAAGAAGCAGCGUGAGCAGGCGCUCGAGAAGUCGGCGAGGGAGAUGAGCGAUAAGGUGGCGGCGCUCGAGGGGCGCAUUGGUCAGCUCGAGACGGAGAAUAAGUGGCUCAAGAACUUGGUCAUGGAGAAGAACGACGAUAAGGAGGAUCUUGCCGCGCUGUGGAGGAAGUAUAGCCAGGAGACCGCCGACAGGAAAGGUGACGCGCGCAGGAAGGGUGUCGGAACAUCGGAGUUGUCGGCUUAGGCUUGUUCGCGACUGUGAAGCUACUCGACUGUCGAUUGCAUAGGGGUGUCUUCUUUUUGGGAGCACACCACACACGAUCGCAUCAAAGGAACAAACGAAAGUUAUAUAAAAAAUUUAUCUAGUCAGGCGUUGUCAUUUCAUUUUUUUGGCGGGCCGGGCUUGGCUGGGGGAGGUAGGGCGGUGCAUGCAUAAGUGGAUG